CCUUUUGAAGUCUUAAGUUCCAAAUGAUUUUAGUAAGCUCCAGAGGUCUCCUAAAUCAGUUGGAAGUGUAUGACGAUAAGUUGAUAAAAGAUACAAGGUUUUUCCACUCUCCUGAACAACAUGAAAAGGUUCAUGACAUGAUGGAGUCAUCAUGAAGACAACCAAAUACACAAUAAGAGGUUUCAAAAUGUUCACAAAAAUGAUAAAAUAUACAGUGCAAAUUAUAUUAGCUUACCUGUGGAGUACGAUAAUUCUGGUGGGUUUGAUAGACAAUGAAUAACAAAACAUUCCAAUUAAAAUGAUUCAAAAUAUUCAAAUUUACUUUUAAUUUUUUUUAAUUAAAACGUUUCAUUUUUUUAUGUUGAAUUUAUACAAAGCUUCUAAGUGAUGGAGGUGUGUAAAUUGUAGCACAACAUACUGCAGGUUUUACUGUUUGACUUGGAAUAAUAUAAUUUGAUUUCAAAUUACCACUGGAAUAUGUCCAUGAAUCUGACAGCAUCUGCUCUGAUGUACAGUUCAUGUAUGAACAAGAUGUACAGAUUCAUCUUUCAGGAUUUACUCAACAAAAGCUAAUGUGAGGGCAGCCAGCCAGCCUGUAGGAGGGGAGAGAUACUGUAACCUAAGAGGGGAGAACAAUCCACUCUGUCCUUACUCUCCACAUAUUCAAGGAAUCAGUCAUGGCUGCAGAAGCAAACCAGACUUGUUUUGAGGGCAGGACUCUCCAAAACUUUCAGGUCUACCUAGAACAGUCGGGAGACCACAAGGCCAGUCUCUGGUGUGUUCACAACAUCCUGCCAGGUGAAUUCAAAAGAAUUGGAGCAGGUAAAAGCAGUCUGGAUGUUCUUGGUGUUGGAAGUGGUGGAGGGGAAAUGGAUGCCCAGAUGCUCACUCUACUGCAGUCUACAUUUCCUGCUGUCCCGAUCACUGCUGACAUUGUGGAGGGCAGCUCUCAGCUCACAGACAACUUCAAAGCUUUGGUAGCAAAGACCACCAACCUUCAGAAGAUCCCAUUUGCUUGGUAUAUCAUGCACAGUGAGGACUAUGAGAGGCAAGUAAAAGAAAAAGGAGACAUGAAGACUUUUGACUUCAUACACUUGAUUCAGAUGAUCUACUUUGUGGAUAACCUUGCCGACACCAUCAAGUUCUACCAUAGCCUUCUGAAGAACAAUGGCAGGCUUAUGAUCAUCGUUGAAGCAGAUAACAGUGGCUGGGACGUCCUGUGGAAGACUUACACAAAGGAGCUCUGCGUUGGUGCCAUCACAGAGUGCCGCUCAUCAGGAGAGGUAAUUGCCUGCCUGAAGAGCCAGGGUCUGAAAUAUGAGGAGCACGUGAUUCCCAACACCUUCGACAUCACUGAGUGCUUCAAUCCAAGCAGCCAAACUGGACAAUGUCUGCUGAAUUUCUUUACAGUCAAAGAUAACUUCUAUCAGUCGUUCACCCCAGAGAUCAGAGCAGGCAUGUUAGACCUUCUCAGGAACGAGUGCAGCACUGAAAAAGAUGGCAGGGUGUUCUUCAACAAUAAUGUGAGCUGCAUACUUGUAUAUGCUUGAGUAUGUUUUAUGGGAUCUUCUUGC